AUGGAUAGACGCGAGUUUCAAGCAAAAGAGAAAAGACAGGCGGAGGGAGAGGAGGGCGCAAAAGAGCAGAUGGAAGCGUUGGAGAAAAGCCAGAGGAAAGCUGCGGUGGGGGCUGGGGUAGGGGACAAAGAAGCGAAGGCGGAGAGGCGGAAGAGUGCAGAGCGGAUAGUGGAGUUGGAAAAAUGUGUUGCAGAGCUGGAGGACAGGAUGGAGGAGCUGGAAGAAGACUUAGAGGCCAUAGAGGCCAAGAGGCGGCAGAGUGCAGAAUAUGUGAAGGGGUUGGAAAACUUGGUUGCAGAGCUGAAGGCCGGAAUAAAGGAUGUGAAAAAAGCCUUAGAGGCAGGGCAGUGGAAGAGUGCAGGGCAGCUGAAGAAAGGCCAGGAGGAAAAAGUGAAGCUGAAGGGCAGGAUAAAAAAGUCAUAG